AGACAGUAAGCAAGCAGGUCUGCUAGAUUUUAACCAGCUCUUAGAAAUUUGAGUACUCUGCUAUAGGUGAGAUGGUCUAAUCUACCUUUAGAUAUGAGUGAUGAGAUAACUAUGAGAACACAUCAUUGUUGGCUGCACACCGCUGCAAUUCUACUUAGCAUCCAUUGAAUUCAAGUGCAGGUCUGUCAUUCAGGCUGUGUUUUUUUAAAGUUCUGUACUGAGUUUGUACAAAGCCCCCUUGUUGCAUAUUCAUUUAAACAUUCUCUAAACCACAAUUGAUGAACGCCCAGCAUGUAGAAGUUUGAUUCUUGUGGGUUCACUGCUCAGGUCUUGCUCACCCUCUCACUCUCCUUGUUUGCCUUGAAUUUUACAAGCUUUUGCAUUUGCAUUUGCGAUGGAGGAUGAAGAAACAGGGGAGCUUUUUAUACCAUGCAGAGAAUGCAGUAAGAAGUGUUAUAAAAUUCAUGGCAAAUAUCAUGAGAAAGAGCAUUUUGAUGAGUUUUCUUCUUUCUUCAAAGUUUUGAUAGGAGACUUCGCAGAGAAAUUGCGUAUUCCUCUAGCAUUUGUUUCUAAACUGGUAAAUGAGAAAGACAAACAUAUGGUGUUGGAAGGCCCAGAUGGACGGGGUUGGGAGGUGGAGUUAACUAGUACAAACAACAAACUGGAAUUUCAAGGAGGCUGGAAAGAAUUUGUCCAUUAUCACAGCCUGGAAAUGGGAGAUUUUGUUGUGUUCAAGUACAUAGCAAUGUCGUACAUGAAGGUUCAUAUGUUUGGAAGAUCUGGGUGUGUGAAAAAUAUCAAUGUUCUUGAUUUUGAAAAACCAAAGAUUGAUUCAAAUAAGAGAUGCCCUUCUAACAAAAUAUGUAGUUUAAAUCAAACAAGCGGAAAUAAAUUGGUGACUGAUUUGACUUAUGAUGAAGAAAAGAACCAGUGCGAAGCGGUUGCUGGAAAUCAAAAAAGAAAAAGGAAACCCUCUUUUCUUGGUUCCUCCUCUCAAAAGUGCAUGACAAUGGAGUCCGCUGCUUCUUUCAAAUCAGAUAAACCCUUUUAUAAAAUGGUUAUGAAACCGUGGAAUCUAGAUCACUACAUAAAGUUUGGAAAAAGAGAAAGCCAGCAAUAUCUGAUUCAACUUCCAAACCCAAAAAGUGAAGUAGUCCUUCUGAAUGGAGAGUCCAAGGAAUGGAAGGUAAAAUGUAUUAUUAAGGCCGAUAUGCCAAUCUUUAGUGGGGGUUGGAGGUGUUUUGUACGUGAUAAUAAAAUAAAGGAGGGAGAUACUUGUAUUUUUGAACAGCUGAAUAACAAUGAAAACAAAUUUAUGUUCAAAGUUCACAUCUUUCCUCAUGAAUAGAAAGAUCCUCUUCAAGAAACGGAGGACAAGCUUGUAAGGAAUGAGGUAUGAAUGUGUACAAGAAGACUUGAAUUUGAUG